AUGAAAAACUUCAUCAUUAUUCUUCUCCUAGCUGUCGUAUUUGCUUUGAGCUCAGCUAGGAACCAAAGAGAUAAGCGCUCGUCGGGAUCCCACGAGGGUUGGAGACGACGAGGUGGGUACGGUGGUGGUUAUGGUGGCGGUUAUGGUGGUGAUUACGGUGGUGGCUAUGGAAACGGUUGGGGUGGCAAUCAAGGAUUUGGUAAUGGAUUUGGCAAUCAAGGAUUUGGUGGUUAUUCUCCAUAUCAACAACAAGGUGGAUGGGGUUGGGGCAAGUAG